UUGCAGAAACACUUCUUUAGCUGUCGCUGUGCUUCGGGAUCUCAUUUCGCCUGCAGAGUACCAGCAAAACUAAAUGAUGUCAGCCAAUUUGAUUGUGAUUUGUCUGCUCUCCCUCUGCAGUCUUUCCUUCAGUCAAGAAUGCAAUCGAGAGCUCCAGGAGAAUGUGGAUUUCCCUGGAACAGACAUCAAAUUUCUCUACUCUUCUGAUGCGCAGCACUGUCAGCAGCUGUGCACCCAGCACCCCUCCUGCCUCUUCUUCACCUUCAUCCGGGCUGAUUGGACCAGAGAUAACAGGCACUUCUACUGCUACCUGAAGUCCACUCCCACUGGGAAGCCCAAUGUUGAGACUCCACUACUGGGUGUCACCUCUGGCUAUUCUCUGAAACCCUGCAUCCCAGACAGCCAACUUUGCUUUUCUCAGGUCUACCAGAACAUUGACUUUCCAGGUGCAGACUAUAGAUUCUUGUUCACAGCUGACUAUGAGGAAUGCCAGAGGGUCUGCACUCAGGAGCCAAUCUGUCAGUACUUUACUUUUGCAAAUGAGGUCUUCGCAAACACGGUAAUCAGGUAUAAAUGUCAUCUUAAAUUCAGCUGGAAUAUACCAAGGACUGAUAUUGUAGAAAGAAAGGCUGGUGUGACAUCUGGAUUCUCCCACAAUGCACAAAUGACAGCUCAAAACUAUGACACAGUAUGUCGGAGCAAACUGUUCCCAGGCAUUGAAAUCUCAGGACAAAACAGCCUUGUCCUAGAUGCUGCCUCUCCUGAACACUGUCAGGCUCUGUGCUCUCAUCAUCACAGCUGCACCUACUUCACUUAUGUCAGUAAUACCUUCAGUUGUCAGUUGAAGAACAAUCCAAACCAAAUGGUGACCAAAGCAAGAGAUGGAUACACAUCAGGACUGCCAACACGCUUCUGUCAGCCUGAUAACAACUGGCUGAAGGUGGCUCAGGAGGGAGUAGAUUUCCGAGGUUCUGAUAUUCGCUUUGAGCUGAUGGAUGAUGCAGACCAAUGUCAGAGGACCUGUACUGAUGAUCCUACCUGCCAAUUCUACACCUAUGUCCAUAACAACUUCUCUGACCAGAAUUAUUGGCGUCGCUGCUAUCUGAAGCGUGUCAUCACCAUGCCUGCUCUCCCCAAAGUUACCAAACUGACCAAUGUUGUGUCUGGAUUCUCUCUGAGGAACUGUAACCAACUUGAAACAUCACCAGUUUAAGUUAAAUCCUGUGGUAAACUAAUUAAAGUUGUCACAGCUAACAGGCAAACAUUA